AUAAAACGAAAUUCAUUUUAGCAAAAAUAAAAAAGGAAGGACAAGUGCGGAUUAUACGGGAACAUCCCAGUUCCUCAAAUUAUAAACAACGAAUUCCUCGAAAAUGUAACAUUAAUCUCCAAUUGCAAUUUAAUGGAAGUUGCUGCAAAUUGCAGAAUUAAAAGUAAAGGCGUCAUAAAAAAAAACAACAACAAACAUUUAAAAAUUAAUGGAAUCACAAAUUUAAUAGAAUUACGUGAAAAUUUUGAUGAUCGAUUUAACCAGCAGAACAAUAAAAAUAAACUCAAAUACGAGAAGCACAGCUGUUUGGGGCUCCACCCCCUCAUCUACCCCCACCCCCCAGCAAAACAGAUCACAACCCCCUCACUACUCUACGAUUCUUCUCUGCUAUUAUGGAUCCCGAAAAGAUCACCGAAUUGGCCAAUUUGCUGCGCAAGAAUGGCGAUAAAAUAUUGAGCUCAGAGUUUACCUUGACGUUAUCAGGCUCCCUUUUGAGGGCUUUAAAUGAUUCAUUUGAAUUGAUUGCUGAUAGCAAUAUUGGUGCUGGCGCCUCUAAAGCCUUUCAGGUUGUCAAGCCGAUUAAUGCCACAUCGAAUGUAUUCUCGGAUCUUCAGCUAUUGCAUGAUUUUGUACAGAAAACCACACUUUUGAAAUUGAAUUAUUUUCCCAUUGAUAUAUACUAUGAAGGUAUUAUCGAUAUUGGGAAAUUUCGUGCCUUAAAACGUCUGGAGGUGCAUAAGAUAAGCAUACGACAGGUGGUGGGCAUACAGCCAUUGAGAUCGCAACUUCAGCAAUUGAUUUGUAUAAAAAGUAUCCAAAGUGUGGAUGAUAUUAUAACCCAUUGUGGUGGCGAUAAUUCGAAUGGUUUUGUCUGGAAUGAAUUACAAACUGCUGAUUUCAGUUAUAAUAAUCUAAAAUCAAUUGACACUGCACUGGAAUUUGCCCAACAUUUGCAGCAUCUGAAUCUAAGACACAAUAAGUUAAACAGCAUCACAGCUAUCAAAUGGUUGCCACACCUAAAGACCUUAGAUUUAAGCUACAAUUGUCUAACACAAUUGCCACAAUUCCAUAUGGCAGCCUGGAAGCGAUUGCAAUUGCUUAAUAUCAGCAAUAAUUAUGUGGAAGAACUCUUGGAUAUUGCAAAAAUGGAGAAUCUAACAAAUUUGGAUAUAUCCGAUAAUUGUCUACUCGAGCAUAGUCAACUUUUGCCAUUGAGCGCCAUAAUGACCCUCACCACACUCAAUUUGCAAGGAAAUCCUUUGGCAUGUCAUCCCAAACAUCGUUUGGCCACGGCUCAGUAUUUGCACAAGAAUACAGCAACUGUGAAAUUUGUCUUGGAUUUCGAGCCACUAAGCAAGAGCGAGAAAUUAACAACUGGCAAGCAGAAACUACGUUUUGUGGGCAGCUUAAAUCAUCGUCUGAAUGCCAGUCGUUCCAUUUCGAUCAACAGUUCGAAUAAUUCUAUAAAUACCCUGGCCUCCAGUGUGGGUUCGCAGCGCUCCAUCUCUAUAAAGGGCGGGCGACGAGAUUCAUCAUCGGAAUCGGAACUAGCUCCAUCGGAUAAUUCUCAGAUUAGCAUAAAAAAACGAUCGCUUAAGGUUCGUACUGUUGACAUUUCAGAGCCUAAAGAAGAGCAUGCAGAACCUUCGAAAUCUACAGAAAUUUCUGAGCCAGCUCCGCUCCCUUCGAAAUCAACCGCUGGCAAUGUACAAGAAGCACCUGAUUCCUCUCAUUUGGAGGCGAAAAAGACAAUUGAAAACCUGCGACUAAAAUAUGGCAAUGAAUGGUUGCAAUCGGGUCAGGCAGAGCUAAUGCAAAGCAUGGAGUUACCUCAUCAGCCACCAAGUGUGGAAGAGAUUCAUGAUGCGCGUCAGCAAUUCAAUGAGUACCUGGGAGACAUGUGCUCGGAUUCAACCACAAAUAAUGAGGCAGAAACAACAGUGCUCAAUUGUAGCUCUACACCGACAAAUACUUCCACAUGGAAUACCACGUUUGAGGCCACUUUGACCCCCAUCAAAGUAGAAUCAGAAGGGGAAAAAGAAGCAAAUGAGACUCUUUACGAGACCUGUAAUUCAAGUGUAGAGACUCAAUAUGAGAGUAUAAAUGACAAUACAAUAAAAGAAGAGGAAAACAAUUCAGAGAAGGAUAAACACAAAAAGUUGCUUGAUCUUUAUGGAACUCUUCCCAAUGCUGAAGAAGAAGAAGAAGCCGUAUCCGAUUCUGAGCUGGACGAGGAUACUUACAUUGUCCACCAUGAACAAAGGCCCACUGAUCCAUUAUUGCUUACUAUUUCUUCCAAUUUUAUACGUGAGAAGGAUGCACUGAACGAGCGAACCAAGACGAAAUGGAGCCUACAAAUUUUGGAAUCCUGCGAACAUCUUAAAGCAAAUACAUUGCGUUUAAAUUUUGAUACCGUAAAAAAGGAUAAACAAGAGCGCAUCUAUUGCCUAGACAAUUUAUUAUGCCAGGAACUGGAAAAGAAAUUACGUGAUAUACUUUCGAAACGGGAUCUAACCGAAAUGAAUAUAAGUGUCUAUCGUUGUGUGAUAUGUGGCAAACAAUAUAUGAUAGAUCAAAAAAGCAGAAGACAUAAUGCAGAGGCUUUGCGUUGCCGUGAUUGUCAUACUUAUCUGGUUGAAGUGACAAAUGAUUUACCUUCUUCAAUGGAUAAACCAACUGUGGAAUUAGCUGCUGAACCCAAACUAUCGCCAGCUCUUAUUGUAGAGGAGGAUGAGCAGCCAUCAUCAUCAGCAUUAGUUAGCAUGCCCUUGAUAUUGGAAGACAUUAAGGAGGAUAAGGAUAGCAAUAGCAUUGUGGCCAACUGGCGGCUAACAACUGCUAAUAAUACACCCAAGCGUAGGAGUUUGAUGCAAGCCACAAAAAGUUCUGCCAACUCCCUUAACGAGAGCAGCUCUUGCUCAAAGAUAACCAAUUCACAGUGCUCCUUUGAUUCCAAUCAAUCUGUGGUGGGCAGCUCAAAUACCGAACGUGAUUUAGAAUUUCGUGCCAAUGAAAGUGAUGUCGAUAUUAUCUCCAAUCCGAGCCAGUCCAGUAUCGAGGUAUUGGAUCCAAAUCUACAAAGUGCAAGUGCAAGUCGAAAAACUAGCGAAGAACGUCGCAUAUCCCAACUUCCGCAUCUUGAGACCAUAAACGAUGAUGUAACUCAACCGCAAAGCUUUCUGGAGCGUGAAUUUGGACAAACUCAAGCCGAAGCAGAUCGAACGGAGUCGGAGGCAACAACAACUGUCACUCAAGUGGGUCAUGUUCAGCUAACUGAGAGCAGCUCAUCGGGUUCGGUUACAGACAGUAUUUGUACGGCCUACGAGCAACAGGGCAAAGUCAAGGAAGAGGAUAAAAAGUCAAAGGAGAAGCAUCAAACAACGGGUGAAGGCAAUAUCCAACUAAGUGAACCUGCGGCAGUUCAUCCAGCCAUCAACAACAAUAACAAUGAGCCAACCAUAAGCAAUGGACAACUAAAGAUGUCAAUGCUUGGCGCCAUUUUCCAAUCGACCAACAUUCUGAUGUCUAGUUCAAAGAAACCUAUCGAUGCAGAAGCUAAUGGCUCUGGCUCUUCGAGCUUAACUCAGCCUUAUAAGUUCAAUUAUAACGAUUUCAAUGACAUCGAUCAUCGCUUGAAACUAUAUUUCUAUCAACAUAAAUUCAAAAUGGAUGGCGAACACUUUAAAUGGCUGGCCAAAGGACUCAUCUAUAAUGGGCAAACACAAACUAUGCGGGAAGGUCUUGUAGUAAUAUCGACAUGCAGAUGUUAUCUUAUGGAGGCCUUUGCUCCGCUACACGAUGAUGUGGCCAAGUGGCUUCGUCAGGUGGUUAGUGUUACUGUGGAUCGGCUAACAGAUUUACAAGUACUGCCCUGGAAAUUGGGUCUGGCAUUCACUCUCAAAGAUUGGGGUGAAUUUUCACUGCUCUUACAGGACAUGCUAAGAACAGAUAGUUUACUUUUAUAUCUACAGGGCGAUAAGCUGCCGCAGGAGUGUCACUUUGAACAUCAGCCCUCCACCGCAAUACGUGAUUAUCUGAACUCGCAUCAAUCGGAACCAUUCAAAAUCUGCGCUAUUCUCACCAGUUGCCAGUGGACGAGCGGCGAGGAGAAACGUAAUUUUGAUCUAUGCACUCUUUUAACCACCGACACGCAAUUGUCUAUUGCUGGCAAUGGCAAAUUCGAUUGGCUAUCCGCAGGCAAACAAGAAAAUCACUUACCCAUGGACGUAAGUCUUAGCCAACCCAUGAGCAAUCUUGUGGAGGUGGAACGUGACACGGAUGAAGAGUAUACCAUUAGUUUCAUCGAUGACACGCAAAGCAAAUGCGAAACGUGGCAUCUUAAGUUUGGUACACAGACAGAUGCAGAAUGCUGCCUGAAAACCAUCGGACAAUCAUGGGAACGACUAUUUGGUGUGCCAUUUAGCUACUCGGGAACGUAGUACAAGGGACCAAUUCCAAUUCUAUUAUCAUAUCACAAAACAAUUUGUAAUUAUUAUAACAUAUGAAAAGUGAAUUUUGAUCUAUAUCAAUUGUUUUUAUCAUGCGAUUAGCUUUAUAUAACUCUGAUCAUACAUAUAUAUAAAAUGUUAUAGACUUCAAUUUUCAACUAUGGACAAUAUAUACAAUACAUAGAUAGGACGUAAUGAAAACAGAAGCAAGACAUGGUGCUUAUUAUACGAAAAGUAAAUUGUACUAUACUUUGUAAUAUAUUAGAAAUUAAUUGCAAUAAUCAUUUAAAUUCUAAGUAAAAAUAACAAAUUUAACACUCAAUAUAUGUUAAAUAUAUGAAUAUGAAAGAAAAAUUUAA